CUGUGCUUCUUCAGAGAGAGGGAGAGUGAGGCGAAGUCAUGGCUGAGGAGGAUCCCAGCUCGUUCGCAGCCCCGAGCGCCUGCCGCACGCAUCACCUCCACCUCCGCUGCCGGGUGGACUUCGCCGCCCAGGCAAUACGAGGCACCGCCGCCUUCACCGUCCGGGCCGAGGCCGACCAGCUGCGCUCCCUGGUUUUGGACACAAAGGAUCUCACAAUCCAUAGUGUGCUUGUCAAUAGGCAAGAGGCAAAAUAUGCUCUUGGACAACCCCAUUCCUUCAAAGGAGCACCACUGGAAAUCACCCUUCCUUUUGUGCUGGGAAAAGGACAAGAUGUUGUCAUAGAGAUCGCUUUUGAAUCCGCUCCAAGAUCUUCAGCACUUCAGUGGUUUACUCCAGAGCAGACAUCAGGAAAGAGGCAUCCCUUCCUCUUCAGUCAGUGUCAGGCUACUCACUGUAGAGCUAUUCUUCCUUGCCAAGAUACCCCUUCUGUGAAGUUAACAUACUAUGCAGAGAUAUCUGUUCCAAAUGAACUGGUGGCUCUUAUGAGUGCUAAGAGAGAUGGAGACAUGCCUGAUCCCGAAGACAGCUCUAGGAAGAUAUACCGCUUCUUUCAAGAUGUUCCAAUACCCUGCUAUCUGAUUGCUCUGGUUGUUGGUGCAUUGGAAAGCAGAAAGAUUGGACCCAGGACUUUGGUGUGGGCUGAGAAAGAACUGGUGGAUAAAUCGGCUUAUGAAUUUGCAGAGACUGAAGCCAUGUUGAAAAUAGCAGAAGACUUGGCGGGCCCUUAUGUGUGGGGUCAGUAUGACUUGCUCGUUUUGCCACCAUCAUUUCCAUAUGGUGGAAUGGAGAACCCCUGCCUCACUUUUGUGACUCCAACAUUGUUGGCUGGUGACAGAUCAUUAUCUGGUGUUAUAGCACAUGAAAUUUCUCACAGCUGGACAGGGAAUCUGGUAACAAACAAAACUUGGGAACAUUUUUGGCUAAAUGAGGGGCACACAGUUUACCUGGAGCGCAGAAUUGGUGGCCGCCUCUUUGGAGAGCAAUUCAGGAAUUUCCACGCCUUGGGCGGCUGGAGAGAAUUACAGAAUACAAUCAAUACCCUUGGAAGCACAAAUCCUUUCACUAACCUGAUUCCUAGUCUAAAGGAAGUAAACCCUGAUGUUGCUUAUUCCUCUGUUCCUUACGAGAAAGGAUUCGCUUUGCUAUUUUACCUCGAACAGCUUCUUGGUGGGCCAGAUGUAUUCAUUGGCUUUUUGAGGAGAUACAUACAACAGUUUGCAUACAAGAGUGUAAUGACUGAGGACUGGAAGAAUUGCCUAUACUCCUAUUUUAAGGACAAGGUUGACCUCCUAAACACAGUUGACUGGGAUGCAUGGAUGAACACCCCUGGCAUGCCCCCAGUAAAACCAGUGUAUGAUACAACAUUGUCAGAUGCUUGCAUUGCUUUGAGCCAAAGAUGGAUCAACGCCACAGAGAGUGAUCUGUCCUGCUUUAAUUCAACUGAUAUAAAAGAGUUAUCUUCCCACCAGCUCAUUGAAUUCCUUGCAUUGCUUCUGUUGGAGAAUCCUCUUCCAGUCAGCCACGUACGACGAAUGCAAGAUGUUUAUGACUUUAAUGCUGUGAACAAUUCUGAAAUUAGAUUCAGAUGGCUUCGCCUUUGCAUUCAAGCCAAAUGGGAAGAUGCCAUUCCUCUUGCUCUUAAGAUGGCUACAGAACAAGGCAGAAUGAAGUUUACUCGUCCAUUGUUUAAGGAUCUCUUUAAAUUUGAAAAAUCUCGUGAUCAAGCUGUUAGUGCUUUCCAGCAAUACAAAGCAUCCAUGCAUCCUGUGACUGCGAUGUUGGUGGCCAAAGACCUGGGGCUAGAUGGACAAACAACCUAAACUCUUCCAAAGAGAACAGCUUCACGUGUUUCUUUUCCUCAUCUGUCAUAAUAAUAAUAUCAGCAACAUUCAUAAUCAUGGUAACUUGCAUGUUUGAUUACUAACCGAUAUUUCUGUCUUGAACUUGAAAUAAUAAGGCUUUUAAAAAGAUUUUCAGACUGAAAAAAAUAUGUCUUGAAAUAUAUUUUACUACAUUACUUGCCACUCUACCAGAGUUGGGAUUGGUACUGUUUUUCUACCUGUGCUGCUUUAUUUGAAAAAAAUAAACUUUUUUAUGACAA